UCCAUACUCCAUGGCCCAUGGGAAAGCUUUGCUUGUAGUUGUAGCACACCACCGGCCAGAAGGCAAAUACAGUGACAAGCCCACACGGUGUCGUCCACCAUGCUGUCAUCGUCCUCCCCUCUCGUUAAGCUCCCUCUCCUGCCGCGCGGCCUCCUCUCUUACCUCCCCACAUCCAUCCUCCCGAGUGGCCGCGAGAGCACUGCCACGCCCGCCGCCGCCAACGCACCCUCCACGCCGCCUUCUUCUCCCAAGAAGAUGUCGUCAUCGUCCGCACAGCAGCAGCAGCAAGCGGGGAACGGGGGCAGCAGCAAGAAGGCGGACUCGGCGGAGCUGGCGCGCGUGUUCGAGCUGUUCGACAAGAACGGAGACGGCCGCAUCACGCGGGAGGAGCUGGCGGAGUCCCUAGGCAAGCUGGGCAUGUCCGUGCCGGGCGACGAGCUGGCGUCCAUGAUCGCGCGCAUCGACGCCAACGGCGACGGGUGCGUGGACGUGGAGGAGUUCGGGGAGCUCUACCGAGCCAUCAUGGCCGGCGACAGCAGCGCCAACGGCGCCGGGAAGGAGGGGGAAGCUGGUGGCGAGGAGGAGGACGACGAGGACAUGCGGGAGGCGUUCCGGGUGUUCGACGCCAACGGCGACGGGUACAUCACCGUGGACGAGCUCGCCGCGGUGCUGUCGUCGCUGGGCCUGAAGCAGGGCCGCACCGCGGAGGAGUGCCGGCGCAUGAUCGGCCACGUCGACCGCGACGGCGACGGCAGGGUCGACUUCCACGAGUUCCGCCAGAUGAUGCGCGCCGGCGGGCUCGCCUCGCUCGGGUGACCGUGACCGUCGUCGUCGUCCUGCUGCACCUGGCGACCUGGCUAUGCAGCGCCGCGCGCUGCAUCUUCAUGCUUGAUUCGUACUAGAACCUGUAGAUAUUGCUUUGGAGUGGAGGGGAGCUCACGUAACCACGCUGUUCCACCUCCCUUCUUUUGUUGCUUUGUUCGUUAGAGUUGAUUGAUGGGCUUGCUAAUUAGCUAGUACUAUUUGUGUUGGUUGUUGCUCGUAAGAAUUGCUCGGGGACAAGGUUAUUUGCCCCUGUUUUAUUCAGGUCUUCCUUCUAUCAAAGCAAAGACUGCAUGCAUGGGCCA